CACGUCCGUGUGCGCGCCCGUCGUGCGUGUGUCCGUGUGUGCGGUUCACCGUCUAUCUCGCUCGCUCGCUCACCAACGGCCGAUGAUAAUCCCUUCGGCGUGCAGCAGCCGCCGCCGUCGUCGUCGUCGCCACCGUUGGUUGUUGCCGCUGCUGCUUACGACAAUGUGAGACUCGUAUCAAACACGAACGUAGACGAAACCGAAAAAAGGUGCAACUACUCGCGUCCGACGCGCUCUCUCUCUCUCUCUCUCUCUCUCUCUCUCUCUCUCACUCCCUCUCUCUAUCUGUCUCGCUUGGGAGGUGAGUUUCUCUCUCUCUCUCUCUCUCUCUCUUUCUCUCGCCCGCACACAGACAAGACGAAGGUCUUCUUCCUCACGCUUUCGUCGCGUCACGUCACGAAAGCUGUCGUCUCACAACCGGAGCGAGGUUUCUACUACGCGAUAUUGGAGCGAUACGGUGCGACGCAUCACGGCGUCGUCGUCGUCGUCGGAUUCAGGUGCGUCUUUAGCGGCGCCUCGUCGCCGCAACCGCCGUCGCCGUCCUCAUCCUUCCACUGUACUUCCUUCCGGACACUGUGCCGCUUUCGCAUUCAUAUAUGGACGGUCCGGGCACAAUUACAUGGGAGGAAUUUCUCGAGGAUGCAGAAAGGUUUCUUUUUGUCUCAGACAGGAUAUCGGAUGGAUGGGAACUUCGCGGGGAUAAGGGUAUUCCUGGACAAGCGUAUUUAUUUAGAAGAACCAAGUGUUUCGUGUCGAGCGACUCCGCUAUGAGAGACGACAAAUCGACCGACGACGACGAGGAAUUCCAUGUGAAAUUUCAGGAGGAUCCGCACGAGGCUUGUUCCACAAUCGAAACGCCUUUCAUCACCGAGCAUCACAUUUUGUGGUCCAUCAGUUACGGCGUUCCAAUUCUCUACUUUAAUAAAUGGAGAUCAGAUUUCCCCGGUAUUAACCCAAUGAGCGUAAAUGAAGCUCAAACAAUUCACGAUUCCAAAUUAAAUUACAUGGAAUUAUCGCAAGCGAUUCAUCCUAUCGUCGGCACUCCGUUCUUGCAAUUACAUCCGUGUCUCUCGCAGGAGUUGCUACGAAGCAUGUCGAAGAGCAAGAAUAAACUUGUCAGUUGGCUGAGCUGCGUAGCACCCGCGGCCAUAAAUCUCAAAAUACAUUCGGAAUAUUACAAGCUGACUUACUGAGGAAUCUAGCUGUCUCAAACUAUCAAAGAAAAAGUAAACAUUUAAUAGUAAACAAAUCGCAGAUUUGUCUAUGCGAGGAUACUCUUCAUCAACGUUUAUCUCCAGUUAACGAGAGAAGAGAGAAAGAGAGAGAAAGAAAGA